UUGCCGUUUUGGACACGGCUGUAAUACCACUGUUCAACUGCUGUAUUACAAGACCCUUUUUUGCGUACGAUUUGUGAAUAAGACUAAAACGACUACGUUUUAUUUGUUUCGAGGGAAGACAAUUUGUACUAUACUGUCAGGUUACCGUGUAUUAUGAAGCUUGUCUAACACGCCUGCUGUCCAGUUUAAGUUCGCAAAGAUCUUCUGGGUAACAUUUUCAUGUGUUCAAACGCAUCGCAACUUCAGUUGUGCCCAUAUUUUUUAUAUUUCAUUAUCAUGUCGAGUGUACUGUAAUUGGAAUGCCAAAGGUAAAACUAGAUGUACUUUCCCGUCAGUACUUGCUUACUGACUCUGCAUGAAUCACUGCUUGAUUACAUUUAGUCACAUGGGACGCAGUCAGGUGCUAUGACAAGCUAAGAACAAGCAUGCUCUCUCUGCUGCACCACUGUCUCCUCAGUCUUGACAGAGCACUCUUCGCCUCGCAAGUACAGUUCGCAGGCUGGGGCAAUCAGUCUAGAAAUGGGUCUAGCGAGAUGAAGACUCGGAGUAGCCACUUCAGAAAGACAAGUGGACUAUUAAUAAUACGAACAUUAAUAAUAAUGAUAUAACCUCGCGGUAGUGUUUGUAGUGGGGAGGAAAGUAGAUAUGAAAAGUGGCUGUAGAAUGAUUUGAAAUAGCUGCUUUUUAAAAUAGAUUUUUUAUUUAAGAAGUGUAUCGAUAAAUGACAGUUCGUGGUUUUCAAUCAAGGUUUUAUUCAUAUAAAAUAAUUCGGUAUUUUUUAAGGUUUCGGAGUUUAAAGUGAGCUCGUAAUAGUUUGUGUUAACUAUUCGUUGCGGCGUUUCGAAAUGGAGUACCUGUUGCAAGUGAAGGUGGGUUCCCUGGUGGGUUUGCUGCUGCUGACGAUGCUGAUCGGCUUCAUUCCCGCUCGUUUGCAGUGGUUCCGAGACACCAGUGGGACAGUAACACAUCGCAUGGUUCUGAGCUUUAUCAGCUGUUUUGCUGGAGGUGUCUUCCUAUCUGCCUGUCUGUUGGACAUCAUCCCUGACUACCUCUCAGAUAUUGGAAAGGAGCUGCAGGCGCGCAAAUUGGAAACAACCUUUCCUCUGGAAGAGUUCAUCAUCGCUUUGGGCUUCUUCCUCGUGUUGAUUCUGGAGAGGCUGGUUUUGAACUUCAGUAGGUGGAGACAUGAAGAGACCACACCCCUGAUCCCCCCUACAGGGCAUGUCCAUGGGCACCAUCCAAAUGGGGACCUGGAGAGCAGUGGCCAUCACGUGCAUGUUGACUUUAAUGCACACUCCUCAUUCCGUUCCUUCAUGCUCUUCCUCUCCCUUUCCCUCCACUCUGUGUUUGAGGGCUUGGCCAUCGGGCUGCAGACUACUGAGUCCAAAGUUCUCGAGAUCUGUGUUGCCAUCCUGAUUCACAAAAGCAUCAUCGUCUUCAGCCUGUCAGUGAAAUUGGUGCAGAGUGCUGUCAGGCCCUUGUGGGUGGUGGCCUAUGUGGUGGUGUUUGCACUGAUGUCCCCCUUGGGCAUUGCUGUGGGGAUCAUCGUGAUAGAGGCACAGCUGGUGGGCGGCGCUCUGAUCCAGGCUGUGUUGGAAGGACUGGCUGCAGGAACUUUUGUCUACAUCACCUUUUUGGAGAUCCUGCCACAUGAGCUCAACUCGCCUGAUUGGCAGCUCCUCAAGGUGUUGUUCAUACUGCUGGGGUUCACAACCAUGGCUUUGCUCUGCUUCCUGGGCUGAGGCAACAUCCCCAGCACGAGGUACAGCCUCCUCCACAAACAGUAAGUCCUGCACUACAACGUGCAGUGCACAUCUAUUUGUAUGCCAGACUCAAUUAAAUCACCGCUUGGAAACUCAACAUUGCACCAAUUCCUCAAGUCAGUAAUGGUGGAAACUUAAAAAUCUUUUUAACAUCAGUUUUUUUUAACAAGGAACAUUUAUUUUUAUACCUUUUAAAUGCAAAGAUUAAGAUUAGUUAUGUUUACUGAACCCUGAUGGGUGAAUUCCACUUGAAAUGACUCCAUUUCAGUACACAGGGAGCAAAUAAAUACAGUAGAUCAGCUAGUACUGGACAGAGCAUGUACUAGCUGUCUUCAUUCACUGAAGGUCUCUAAUGUUUCGAUUUUUUUUAAACCUGUGAUUUUAUGUAUUCUUGGAUUAUUUACCAUACACAAGAAGGAAAUAAUUUGAUGUCAUUUGAAAUUAUAGGAAUGCAGGCCAACUCAUGGUGCACUCUGCAAUGGGAAACUCCACUGGCAAAAAAUUCCCCAGGCAGGUCCAGGGAAUACUUUUUAAUUGAGAUAGCCUUCUUUGAUAUGACUAACACUAACUCCAUGUUCUUUGUAAGGUUCUAAUUAGGCACUGUCAUUGCAAAUAACCCCUGGAGCCAUUACUAGAGAGAAAGGGCUGCAUAACACAACUGAAAGGAAGAGUGAAAUCAAUAUUGUGAUAUGUGGACUAAACCUUUAAACAUUUGUGUUUGUUGGCAACUCGGAUCAUUAUUGUAAAAUUUCAUUUACCAGUGUUGGUCACCAGUGAUUAUUGUCUUUCCUGUGCAAUUUAUGUUUAUUUGAAUGUCUUGAGUUUGAUGUUUAUUUUUUGAACAAGUCUUUACAGUACACCUGUAUUUUCAAAUAAAUUUGUGGCAACAUAAUGUUGCCCAGAGAGUAA